UGCCGGGCCUAAGGAACACCAUUGCCCUGGACUUCCAUCUGAGCCAGAGCGCCCUCUAUUGGACUGAUGUGGUGGAGGACAAGAUCUACCGUGGGAAACUGUCCGAGAAUGGAGCUUUAACCAGCUUCGAUGUGGUAAUCCAGUAUGGGCUGGCUACCCCCGAGGGCUUGGCAGUGGACUGGAUAGCAGGAAACAUUUACUGGGUGGAAAGCAAUUUGGAUCAGAUAGAGGUGGCCAAGUUGGAUGGCACCAUGAGGACCACACUGCUGGCUGGGGAGGUGGAGCACCCUCGAGCCAUUGCCCUGGAUCCCCGGGAUGGAAUCCUCUUCUGGACAGACUGGGAUGCCAGCUUGCCCAGGAUUGAGGCGGCAUCCAUGAGUGGAGAGGGCAGGAAGACCAUCCAUAAGGAAACUGGCAAUGGAGGCUGGCCAAAUGGACUCACAGUGGAUUAUCUAGAGCGCCGCAUCCUCUGGAUUGAUGCCAGGUCUGAUGCCAUUUAUUCAGCCAAAUAUGACGGUUCUGGUCUGAUCGAGGUUCUGAGGGGACACGAGUAUCUGUCGCAUCCGUUUGCUGUUACUAUGUACGGAGGAGAGGUUUACUGGACGGACUGGAGGACCAACACUCUGGCAAAGGCAAACAAGUGGACAGGAAGCAACGUCACUGUGGUCCAGAGAACCAACACACAACCUUUUGACCUUCAGGUCUACCAUCCAUCCAGACAGCCGCAGGCUCCUAACCCAUGUGCGGCUAAAGACGGCAAGGAGCCCUGUUCUCAUCUAUGUCUUAUUAACUACAAUCAGACCUUCUCGUGUGCCUGCCCUCACCUCAUGAAGCUAGGCCCCGACAAACGCACUUGCUAUGAGUCUCGUCAGUUCCUGCUGUACGCUCGCCAGAUUGAGAUCAGAGGAGUGGACAUCGACAACCCCUACUACAACUACAUCAUCUCCUUCACUGUGCCUGACAUUGACAACGUGACCGUUGUGGACUAUGAUGCUCUGGAGCACCGAAUCUACUGGUCAGACGUGCGCACUCAGACCAUCAAGAGGGCUUUUAUCAAUGGCACUGGAGUUGAGACUGUGGUCUCUGCUGAUCUGCCCAAUGCUCACGGCCUGGCAGUGGACUGGGUGUCCAGGAACCUGUUCUGGACCAGCUAUGAUGCCAAUAAGAAACAGAUUAAUGUUGCCAGACUUGACGGCUCCUUCAAAAAUGCUGUCAUCCAGGGCUUGGACAAACCACACUGUCUAGUGCUGCAUCCAAUACUGGGGAAACUCUACUGGACAGAUGGGGACAACAUCAGCAUCGCCAACACAGACGGUAGCAACCGCAGUGUCCUUUUCACGGGCCAGAAAGGCCCUGUCGGUCUCUCUAUUGACUUUGACACUGAGCAGCUGUACUGGAUCAGCUCGGGGAACAGCACCAUCAGCCGCUGUAAACUGGACGGCUCUGGACUGGAGGUGCUGGAGGGGGUUAAGGGCAAGUUGACCAAGGCUACUGCUCUGGCCAUCAUGGGAGACAAGUUGUGGUGGGCGGACCAAGGAACUGACCAGAUAGGAACCUGUGACAAGAAGGACGGCGGCAACUGGAAAGUCCUGAGGAACAGCACAUCCCCCAUGAUGCACAUGAAAAUCUACAAUGAAACCGUGCAGAAAGGCACCAAUCUCUGCAGUAAUAACAACGGAGACUGUUCCCAGCUGUGUCUCCCCACUUCCCCAACCACCAGGGCCUGCAUGUGCACCGCAGGAUACAGCCUGCGCACAGGGCAACAGUCUUGUGAAGGUGUUGGCUCUUUCCUGCUGUACUCUGUGCAUGAGGGCAUACGUGGUAUUCCUUUGGAUCCAUCAGACAAGUCUGAUGCCCUGGUACCGGUGUCAGGCACAUCCCUGGCUGUGGGAAUAGAUUUCCAUGCCGACAAUGACACAAUCUACUGGGUCGACAUGGGCCUGAGCACCAUUAGCAGGGCCAAGAGAGACCAGACAUGGAGAGAGGACGUGGUCACUAAUGGCAUUGGCAGAGUGGAGGGCAUCGCUGUGGACUGGAUAGCAGGAAACAUCUACUGGACGGACCAAGGCUUUGAUGUGAUUGAGGUAGCCAGACUGAACGGCUCUUUCCGCUACGUGGUGAUCUCUCAGGGCCUGGACAAACCUCGUGCCAUCACUGUCCACCCUGAGAAAGGGUAUCUGUUCUGGACGGAGUGGGGCCAGUACCCUCGUAUUGAACGGUCUCGUCUGGAUGGCUCUCAGAGGGCUAUCCUGGUCAAUGCCAGUAUCAGCUGGCCCAACGGUAUCUCCAUUGACUAUGAGGAGAAUCUGCUGUACUGGUGCGAUGCCAGGACAGACAAGAUUGAGCGCAUCAACCUGGAAACUGGAGAGAACAGGGAAGUUGUGCUUGCCAACAACAACAUGGACAUGUUCUCUGUGUCUGUGUUUGAGAGCUACAUCUACUGGAGUGACAGGACACAUGCUAAUGGCUCCAUAAAGAGAGGCAGCAAGGACAACGCCACAGACUCCGUGUCUCUGAGGACUGGUAUUGGGGUACAGCUCAAAGACAUCAAGGUUUUCAACAGGGCCAGGCAGCAAGGAACAAACGUAUGCAAAGACAAAAAUGGCGGUUGCCAGCAGCUUUGUCUUUUCCGUGGCAACGGACAGCGGACAUGUGCCUGCGCCCAUGGUAUGCUGGCCGAAGACGGCUGCAGCUGCCGUGACUACGAUGGCUACCUACUCUAUUCGGAGCGCACCAUACUAAAGAGCGUCCACCUGUCAGAUGAAAACAACCUAAAUGCACCCAUCAAACCAUUCGAGGACCCUGAACACAUGAAGAAUGUCAUUGCACUCACUUUUGACUACAGAGGAGGUGGAGGAAAGGGAGCUAACCGCAUCUUCUUCAGCGACAUCCACUUCGGCAACAUCCAGCAGAUCAGUGAUGAUGGGUCUGACCGCAGGACUGUGGUAGAGAACGUCGGCUCGGUGGAGGGCUUGGCAUACCACAGGGGCUGGGAUAUGCUGUACUGGACCAGUUACACUACCUCAACCAUCACCCGCCACACCGUGGAUCAAAACCGCUGGGGUGCUGUUGACAGGCACACCGUGGUCAGCAUGUCGGGAGAUGACCACCCCAGAGCCUUUGUCCUUGAUGAGUGUCAGGGCCUCAUGUUUUGGACCAACUGGAACGAGCAGUCUCCCAGUAUCAUGCGUUCCACACUGUCUGGCUCCAACGUCCUUGUGAUCAUUGGCAAUGACAUCCGAACCCCUAACGGCCUGGCCAUAGACCACCGUGCUGAAAAGCUUUAUUUUUCCGAUGCCACGCUAGACAAGAUAGAGCGCUGCGAAUAUGACGGCACUCGCCGCUAUGUGGUGUUGAAGAAUGAGCCAGCCCACCCGUUUGGCCUGGCUGUGUACGGUGACUACAUCUUCUGGACUGACUGGGUGAGGAGGGCCGUGCUUCGGGCUGACAAAUACACAGGAGGGGACAUGAAGGUGCUGCGUGCUGACAUACCUCAGCAGCCAAUGGGCAUUGUCGCUGUGGCCAACGACACCAAUAGCUGUGAGUUCUCCAUGUGCCGUGUCAACAACGGAGGAUGUCAGGACCUGUGUUUGCUGACCUCUGAGGGAAGGGUCAACUGCAGUUGCCGUGGCGAUAGGAAGCUUUUGGAAGACAAUACUUGCAUAGCCCUCAACACUACAUGUAACAACAUUGAUGAGUUUGAGUGUGGAAAUGGAGAUUGCAUUAACUACACCCUGACUUGUGAUGGCACAGCUCACUGCAAGGACAAGUCUGAUGAGAAGCAGUCCUACUGUGCCAACCGUGUGUGCAAGAAGGGAUACAGGCGGUGCGUGAACGGCCGCUGUGUGGGGCAUAGCUCCUGGUGCAACGGGCAGGACGACUGUGGAGACAGUUCUGAUGAAGUCUUCUGUAACGCCACACUGUGCACAGCCGAUCAGUUCCAGUGCAGAGACGGAGGCUGCAUCUCCAACUCCAGCAAGUGUAACCAGAAAGUGGACUGCGAGGAUGCCAGUGAUGAGAUGAAUUGCACUGCCACGGACUGUUCCAGUUACUUCCAUCUUGGUGUGAAAGGAGUGACAUUUCAGAAAUGCGAGUUCACCACACUCUGCUAUGCCCCUUCAUGGCUGUGUGAUGGAGCUAAUGACUGUGGAGACUUCUCGGAUGAAAGAAAUUGCCCAGGGAGCGGGAAAACAAAGUGUCCAACACCCUUCUUUGCCUGUCCGAGUGGACGCUGUAUCCCUAUGAGCUGGACUUGCGAUAAGGAGAAUGACUGUGAGAACGGCGCAGACGAGGCUCACUGUGAUAAAUUCUGCUCAGCCUCGCAGUUUGAGUGUGGGAACCACCGCUGCAUUCCCAACCGCUGGGUUUGUGACGGAGCGGAUGACUGUGGUGACAGCAGUGAUGAGGACAGCAAGUGCAAAACCAAAACCUGCAGUCCCGAGGCGUUCCAGUGUCCUGGAUCACAUAUGUGUAUCCCUCAGCGCUGGAAGUGCGACGGAGACAAAGACUGUCCUGACGGAGCUGACGAGAGUGUCAAAGCUGGCUGUGUGUUCAACAACACGUGCCCCAGCAAUGAGUUCAUGUGCCAAAACCGACAGUGCAUCCCCAAGCACUUUGUGUGCGACCAUGACAACGACUGCAGCGACGGCUCUGAUGAGUCCCUGGAGUGUGAAUAUCCGACAUGUGGACCCAACGAGUUCCGUUGUGCCAACGGACGCUGCCUCAUCCAGAGUUCAUGGGAGUGUGAUGGAGACUUUGACUGCCAUGACCACUCAGACGAAGCCCCCAAGAACCCACGCUGCACUGGAGCAGAGAAGAAAUGCAACGACACCACGUACGCCUGCAAUAAUGGAAACUGUGUCAAUGAGACAUUGCUCUGUGACCACAAGGAUGACUGCGGCGACGGCUCAGAUGAACUGAACUGUUUUAUUAACGAGUGCCUGAACAGCAAACUGAGCGGCUGCUCCCAGCUCUGUGAAGACCUCAAAAUAGGCUUCAAGUGUAGAUGCCACCCUGGCUUCCGUCUGAAAGAUGACGGGAAGACGUGUGUUGACAUAGACGAGUGCACAACCACCUAUCCCUGCACGCAGCGUUGCAUCAACACACAUGGCAGCUUCCACUGCCUGUGUGUGGAGGGUUUCCAGCUUAGCCCUGAAAACCCCACCAUAUGCAAAUCCACCUCUGAUGAAGAACCCUUCCUGAUCUUUGCCAACCGCUACUAUCUGAGGAAGCUCAAUUUAGACGGCUCCAACUACACACUGCUCAAACAGGGCUUGAACAAUGCCGUGGCUCUGGACUUCGACUAUCGCCAGCAGAUGAUUUAUUGGACAGAUGUGACCACCCAAGGCAGCAUGAUCAGACGCAUGCACAUCAACGGCAGCGAUGUUCAGGUCCUUCAUCGCACAUCACUCAGCAACCCAGAUGGUCUGGCAGUGGACUGGGUUGGAGGAAACCUGUACUGGUGCGAUAAGGGACGGGACACAAUCGAGGUGUCAAAGCUGAACGGAGCAUACCGGACAGUUCUGGUAAACAGCGGCCUGAGGGAGCCACGUGCUGUGGCUGUGGACGUGCGCUAUGGGUAA